CACCCAUGCCCCCGCCAGAGUCGCCAGUCGAUGUGAGGGGGCGGCGCUUCAGGUAGCGCGAGCCGCGGCCUAGGCGACAGAGGCGGCAGUUGAACGAUGUCCUGGAAAGAAGAGAGCGAUGCGGCCAUGAAAAGCAUGUUUGAACGUGGUCCAAAGAAGAGACAAGUGAAAACACUAGCAACUUCCCUUCUGGAAGCAUUAGAUUAUGACAGCUCUGAUGACAGUGACUUUGAAGUGGGAGAUGCUUCAGAUUCUGAUGGCAGUGGGGAAAGUGCUGGUAAGGACAGUGAAGAAGGUUCGGAGAGUGAGGGAGGACAAAAUGGCAGUGAGGAAGACUCAGAGCAGGAUAAAAAGGAUACCAUUGAUGAAAAGAUAGUUGAAUGCAAGGAUGAACAGGCAGAAGAACCUGUAAUCAAAGAAGAAACUGAAAAUGAAACCAGUCAGAAGAAAACUAAAGAAUCCAUGGAUGAUGUUGCGCCAGAUGAAUCAAACGAUGGACAAAAGAAAUGGAAUCUACGUAAAAAGAGAACAAUGCUUGACAUGAUAUCAGUGGAAGAAUUGAAUGGGUUCGAUGAUUAUGACAGUGAAGAUGAUAAUGAUUGGCGGCCUUGUGAGAAAAAGAAAGGAAAAGGUGUAAAUGAUGAUGAUGAUGAAGGUGGAGGUGAGGAUGAUAUCAGUGACAGUGAUGAGGGCAAUCCUGAUGAUGAAGAUAGCAGCAGUGCGAGUGAGGAUGAUAAGCGAAUUAGAAGAAAAAACAGGCCAUCUAAUCGAAAUGCUGCCAAGACAGAAGGAACGACUGACAGUUUUCUGUCCCAGAAUAAGAAUUAUGAGGAUUCCUUUUCAACAGACCGAGACCAAAACUUCAGUUCUCAGAAAAUGGACUUUGUACAGAUUUGCUGUGUUUGUCUUGGAGAUAACAGUGAAGAUGCAGAUGAAAUUGUCCAGUGUGACAAUUGUGGAGUAACUGUACAUGAAGGUUGCUAUGGUGUUGAUGGAGAAAGUGACUCCAUAAUGAGUUCUGCCUCUGAAAACUCGACAGAACCUUGGUUUUGUGAUGCUUGCAAAUGUGGUGCGACACCCAGUUGUGAAUUAUGCCCGAACUUAGACGGAAUUUUUAAAGAGACAGAUGCUGGAAGGUGGGUUCACGUAGUUUGUGCUCUUUAUGUUCCUGGUGUGGCAUUUGGAGAUAUAGAUAAACUUCGCCCUGUUACUCUUACAGAAAUGAACUAUUCAAAGUAUGGUGCUAAGGAAUGUAGCUUAUGUGAAGAUAUACGAUUCGCUCGAACUGGAGUUUGCAUAAGUUGUGAUGCUGGUAUGUGUAGAGCAUAUUUCCAUGUCACCUGUGCGCAGAGAGAAGGACUGCUUUCUGAAGCAGCUGCUGAAGAGGAUAUAGCUGAUCCAUUUUUUGCAUAUUGCAAACAGCACGCUGACAAAUUUGACAGAAAGUGGAAACGAAAGAACUAUUUAGCUUUGCAGUCAUACUGUAAAAUGACCUUGCAAGAGCGAGACAAGCAUGUUGCCCCCGAAGCUCAGGCCCGCAUUACUACAAGGCUACAGCAAUAUCGUGCUAAAGUGGAGUUAGCUCGCAGCACCAAACCCAAUGCAUGGGUUCCCAGGGAGAAGUUGCCACGACCACUCACCAGCAGUGCCUCGGUGAUACGCAAGCUUAUGCGGAAAGCUGAACUGAUGGGAAUUAGCACCGACAUUUUCCCUGUAGACACUUUAGAUACCAGCUCCAGUGUGGAUGGCAGGAGAAAGCACAAACAACCGGCCUUGACUGCUGACUUUGUGAAUUAUUAUCUUGAGAGGAACAUGCGGAUGAUGCAGAUACAAGAGAAUAUUUGUGAACAAAAGAACCUGAAAGAUAAACUUCAAAAUGAACAGGAAUCUCUUCAUGUAGAAUACAACAAGUUGUUUGAAUCUCUAGAAAACCUGAGAGACAAGAAUGGUAAAUUACGUCGGGAGGGGCAAAUGCUGUGGAGUACACUCAGUAAUAUAGUUGGACAGAAAUUGAAUUUCCCUGUGAUUUUGCGUACACCUAAAGAAAGACGACCGAGUAAAAAGGAUGGAGGAACUUUAAAAUCAUUGGCACCUCCUGCAGUAUUGUACAGCUGUGGAAUUUGUAAGAAGAAUCAUGACCAACACCUCCUUGUUUUGUGUGACACUUGCAAACUCUAUUAUCAUCUUGGUUGUUUAGAUCCCCCCCUCACCAGGAUGCCCAAAAAGACCAAAAACAGUUACUGGCAAUGUUCAGAAUGUGACCAAGCAGGGAGUAGUGAUCUAGAGGCAGACAUCACGAUGGAAACUUUACCAGAUGGGACCAAGAGAUCAAGGAGACAGAUUAAGGAGCCUGUCAAAUUCACUCCAUUGGAUAUUGUGAUUGAACCAAAGAAGAUCAUGAACAAAAAUAUGAGAAGUAAAGGGCAGAAACGAAAAAGAGGUACCAGCUCGGAUGGCGAAAAGGCUGAGGAACCAAUUCCUCCUAGAACAAGACGGCGACGGCAGACCUCAUUACAGAAAAGACCAAAAUCUGAAGACCUGAGGACAGAAUGUGCUACCUGCAAGAAUCCUGGAGACAAUGAAAAUUUAGUCAGAUGUGAUGAAUGCAGACUUUGUUACCACUUUGGUUGCCUCGAUCCACCCCUGAAGAAAUCCCCAAAGCAGACAGGUUAUGGUUGGAUCUGUCAGGAGUGUGACUCUACGUCUUCAAAAUCAUGCUUUCAGAGGCUGGCAUCAGAGAUAAACCACUUGCAAAUGAGCUCGGCAUCUGUUUUUCCACACAAGAGCAUGAAUUCCACCAUCGAAAAACAAAUGCACUAGACAUUUUCUAACUAUUCUCAGCUAUUGCCAAUGUAGGGUGGUGAUCUUUUACUUUGGAUUUUUGAAUGUGGAUCCAGUCAAGCAAGGGUAAUUAACUCUUCUGUGGAGAUACUGAACACAGUCUAGCGCAGCGGUCCCCAACCACCAGGCCGCAAAGCAUGUGCUACGGGGCCACGAGGAAAUGAUAUGAUUUGGCGAUAUGAUCCAGCUGCACUUUCUUCAUUCCUUGUCACGCCUACUGUUGAACUUGAACGCACGCAAGGUCAUUACCCUCGUGUCAUCCAUGUCAGCGCGGGAAGAAGAUCAACUCCUCAAGCUUGCAAAUGACGGCGGGCUGAAAAGUAUGUUUGACAUAACAUCUCUGCCGGCAUUCUGGAUCAAAGUCAAGGCUAAAUAUCCUGAGAUAGCCACAAAAUCACUAAAAACAUUGCUUCCAUUUCCAACAUAUCUCUGCGAAGCGGGAUUUUCUGCAAUGAAUGCAACAAAAACUAAAUUGUGGAAUAGACUGGACAUAAGGAACCCCCUUCGAGUAUCGCUAUCUCCCAUCACCCCUCAAUGACACCGUCUUGUUGCAGGAAAACAAGCCCAGGACUCCCGCUGAUUCAGCGAUAUUGGUGUGUUGCAAUGAUUUUAUAUGUUCAUACAAGGAAAAUAUGUGCUGUGUGUUUAAUAUCCGAACAUUACUUAAAAUGUCGUGAUGCUUUUGACUUAUAAGUGACUUAUAAUUGACUUAUCACUAUAUUCAUGCGCUGUGUUACAUAAAACCUAAAAUAACACUAACAUAUAGUAAAAGCAGGAAUGAUAUGAUACACUGCAUAUAUAAAGUAGAAAUAAUGUAUACACAGUGUAGUUUCACUGAACAGAAUUGCCAAAAAUGAUUUGUAGAAAAAAAUGGGCACGUACACGCAUGUGGACGUAGGUGCCCACGCAAGGCUUCAUGGUCAUGGUAGUCUUUCCUGGGGUAAACACAACGUACUUGACUGCUUCUCUUGUCCGUUGGCAACCCUACCACCCCACCCCCACCCCCCGGUCGGCCGGUCCGCAAGAAUAUUGUCAAUAUUAAACCGGUCCGCAGUGCGAUAAAGGAUAGAACAGGCUAAGCAUUUAGCAACUACAUGAAUCAUUUGUUAUUGCAAAAAAAACUGUUGCUCAGUCCUGCCGACUGCCAAGAAAUCUUGCUUGAAAUGGUCAAUGAGUUUCAAUUUCAUGGAUUCUUCAGUCUAUUAAUCUGGUUCCCAUUUGGCUGAUCAUAUAGAUUUGGAAUCUGUUGGAUAUUUGGAUGGAUUUUAAUUAAUGCAAUUUUUGAUCCAAAAGUGAAGAUAUCAAAGGAAAUUCAUGGCUAAGGUGGGUUAGUUUAAUAUUACAAAUUUAUCCACUUUCCUGGAUUUCUGAAAAUAAUUCAAAAAUAUGCAUAAGGAAUGAAGAGAGGAGAAAAAAUGACAAAUUGUAUGAGAGUAUGGCUCAGAGUUGUAAUACAUCUUUUCAGAGUAUGGUAAAGUCCUUUCCAACAAUGGAUCCAACCAACUAAAGAUGACAAUUAGCUAAUUAUGGAAAUAGUGAAUGUAAUCUCAUAAGAACUAAGGAUGAGCUUAGAGAAGAGUAGGUAAUUCAAGGCAAUGCACUUCUGGAGUUGCAGCCACCGUGUCAUACAGCUAAACCUGUCAGUCAUUUUUACUGUAGCAAGGUCUCUGAGGAUAAUACUGAAUCACCAGAUUAUCUGAAUUUGAUGGUGUUAAUUCGAUAAGCAUCCUCCCUAGCUUGAGUACUACAAUAGAGUAGACAGGCAAUCCAUGCAGGGUAAGCUAAAAUUAACUUCACUGUCCUGAUGAAAUGCAGUCUUGUACAUCCGUGAAUGAUGGAAUGAUCAUCCAUUCCUAUGACAAAAUGUUCCAGUGCAAUAUGUCAACAUUUCCCCCAUCCCUCCUCACUCUUUGAAAUAACUAUUUUUAGUUAACAAUUCCGCCUCAUUGAUGUCUAAUGAACAGAAAUUGCCUUUAUUAUAAUCAUACCAAAAAUCUAUAAACCUCUAUUGGAUCUCCUCUGAAGCAUUGUGAUUCAGUUAAAGCCUUUCAUAAAUUUUGAGCAUUUCUAUAUUAUGCUUCCCAUGUCUGUCAUCAAUUACCAAUGUUCAAUGGGUGUUACACAGUUUAUCAUGAGAAAUUUGCUUUCGCUCUUACAAAAGAAAACCCUGAAAUACAAUCUUUGGCUUGUUUAUUGUUUAUCUGUAUUUGCAUUUCAUAAAAUUACAUAAAUCUUCAAUCUAUACACAAACAUUUUCACUCUUCCAAAACACAUCUUCUCACAGUUUCCAAUAUAAAAUUGAAUCUAUUAUCUAUCUACCCACUGCAUUAUCUGAGCAUUUUGAUGAAGUCUUAGUUUUGCAUCAUUCUUGUAAAAUGAGCCCGUCAUUACAUUUUAUUGCAAUAUUACGCAAAGCAUUCCACUUGUUUUUGGGUUUAUAUGAAUCUGAAAUUGCAACCUUCUUGGUAAAUGAUAACUACCUUCUUUAAAGACAGAAUUAUUUUGAACUACUAAUAGAGAUACUGUACU